AAGUCAGACUCUGAGACGAAAGAAAGAUUGGCGAAAGUAGAAGAGCAGAAUUCAGCAUUAAAUAGUCGUGUCAUUGACCUACAAGCAAGGUCAAUGCGCGACAACUUAAUGUUUUAUAAUUUACCAGAGCAUGAGGACGAAAAUACGAACAACCUCAUACAUAACUUAUUACAAGAGCAACUUGGAAUAUCGGAUGCAAAGACUAUAAAGAUAGACCGUUCACACAGAAUAGGCCGAGGAACACCGGGAUCGAGAAGACCAAGAGCCAUUGUCGCGAAAUUUAAUUUUUACCCAGAUAAGGAACGUAUACUGGCUAACACGGAGCGAUUAAAGGGUACAGGAAUUGCAAUUUCUGAACAGUUCCCGGAGUAA